UCGUUAUCUCGUGAUAUGGUCGUAAUUUGUUAUGAAUAUUUCAUUAACUGAACGUUAUUGAAAAAAUUGACGUUUUCAUUGUAAAGUAGGACGUGUAUAACACUGACCGUUUAUCGGUCUAGUUUCCUUAUAGUGGACAUUUUCCUAACAUUUCAACAGAAUCAUGUCGGCAACUACUAGAAGUAUUCGUCAUCAAACGCUCGAACAACAAGUAAAUUAUUUGUUUUAAAAUUAAUCAUUUGCGAACAUUAGCUAAUUGGUAUUCUAUUUUACCGUUUAUACUCAGAAACAACUGUUAGAGAUGAAAAUGCGGCAAAUUAGAGAAACUCCUCAGAUAAUUAAAGCAUCUGAUAAUGUUAUGCCAAGUUCAAGAUUACGGCCAAAAUCAGGCAGGCAGAUUGAGAUGAACUGUAAGUAAUCUAUCUCGUAAUGCAAUUGAUUGUUUUUAUUUUCAUUAUUCAUGAUUUUGACUUCAAAAAUAUUAUAGUUUAGUUUAAUAAAAUCUAGAUGUCUGUAACUUGUCAAAUAAUAGAAUAUGGUUUAAAACAUAAAUUAUAUAGUUUUCUAUAUUUUAUAUGAUAAAAUUACUUUAUUGGGUGCUUUGUAAUUUUUUCUUUUUUGAAAAGGAGCGUUUUUACAUGCUUUUUUGAAUUGUUUAAAAAAUGUGCAAAAAUUGUUGGUUCAACAGUUAUAACCAUUUAAGAUUUAGGGAAUUUAACAGGGAAAAGACAAACUAUGCAUUUUGGGUGCACCUAGAGACCAAAAAAUUAUAAAACAAUAUGAGUAAGUUUUGAGCUAAAAACAAAAUGUUUAAUAACACUUGUAGCCCAAAAUAAAAUUUAAUAUGACCAAAGAAAGUGCAGACAUCUUUUAUAGACUUGUAAGUAUCAAACUCUAUACCAAAAAUUCUACGUAAGAUGCAUUAUCUUUUGCACUGCAGUGAAAUGUAGAAAACUACAUCAAAAUUAGCUAUUUAAGGAAAAUCUUAAAAAAAAAAAAACAACUUCAAUUGGCUUUAACUUUAAAACAAAGAGUGCCUACAUAUUAAAAGUUGUAAUUGGUUUCCUUCCUGUGAUUGCUUGUAUAUUUAUUUGAUUAAAAAUAUAAAGAAACAUGAAAUAUUAAACAGUUUUACUGAGUAUCAUAUUAUUAUUGAGUGAUUUUAUGACAUUGUAAUGAGUUGAGAAUAGUAUAUUACUAUAGUUUAAAGAAAUGUUUUUCCUUAUGGAGAAAUCUAAUAAAAUGGUAGGUAAUAAAAAAAAUUUAGACUUAGUACAGAUAGGUGUUCAUUUUUGGACAUAAAACUAAAAAUAAAUCUUAAAUAUGAGAAUUUAAUGCUAAUAUCAUAUUUUAAUUUUUAUAGAGCUCUAUAAGGAUAAAAAAAUUAUCUUUGAACCUCAAGAAGUCCUUUUUACUAAAGCAGGAUUGAAAUAUUGUAUUUUCAUUUGGAUUUUAAUUUUCAGUUAACUGCAUAUUUUAAAAUUUAAUUGUUUCGGUUUAUAUAAACAAAUAAAACAAAAAACUGUUAAACAUAUUUACAAGGAAUAAGAUUAGUUUAAUGUAUUCUUAGUUAUAAAUUUUAAAAUUUGGGCGAAUUAUAGUAAUAUGUUUUAGAAGUUCUAAAUAAAAUUUGAAAUUAAUUUGAUUGACUUGUGUGUAUUGUUCAUUUUUUAAGAUUUAAAUAAUUAAUUUAAUAGUUUAUAUUAGUACCUAUAUGAAUGAGAAGAGUUUCACUAAAAUUGAUAUCAAUACAAAAAAAUUGUUUACAUAAUUUAGUUAAACGAACUAGGAGAAUAAUUACUUUUAUUAUUUUUAUAAUUUGUUUUAAACUUUAUUACCUUUUUAUUUUAUGUUAAAUAUACAAAUUUAGCUUAAAUUAAUUUACUUGUAUGUUAAUUCUAGUUCACUAUACCUUAAAAUAUUAUAAUUAAUUAAAUAUAUAUAUGUAUACUAUUCUAUUUUCUAUUAUGUAAAUUCAUUUUAUGGUUAUUAGGUUAUGAUGGUCCAUUAACUUAUGCAAUGAUGAAUAGCAGUCCAGAUUCUAGUGAUAUAUUAGGCGUAUCAAGACAUUCUAUUAACCAUCAUGAUAUUAUUGAAGGUUUGUUUAUGUACAAUAUUAAUGUUUUAAAUGUGUUUUCUUUUAUAGAAAAUCUUUUAAUAUUUCAGUACAGAUUUUUAAUUUUAGUGUUAAUUAAUACAUUCAACUAUUGUUAUGUGUUCUUGGAAUUUAGUAUUGAUUAUUUAUUAUUAUUAUUAUUUUAGAUAUGAGAAAAGAAGUAGCUGAAAUGACUGUUGAUGAACGUAGUUUAUCUGUUGAUACAGAAGACGAAGAAUCUAGUUCAAUUUCUCCAGUUAAAACUUCCAUACACAUCAAAGAGAACAGCCCAUUUAUUUAUCCGUCUUCUGUAAUUACUGAUGUAAGUUCUCCAAAUUAUUAUGUAUAUAUUAUAGAGUGUUGUACUUAUUUAAAUUAAAUUUUUUUUAGACCAACGAACUAGAAGGAGAUGUAUAUGGAAAUUUAGAAACAUUCGUUCUGGAACCUGCUGCCCAAGGUGUUCAUUUUAAAUGUCGUAUAACUAGAGAUAAAAAAGGAAUGGAUCGAGGACUUUACCCAACAUAUUAUUUACAUUUAGACAAGGGAAAUGGAUCUAAAGUAAAUGAUCAAAAAUUAAAUUGUUAUAUUAUAUAUGUAUACAUGAUAUAUUGGUAUUUUAGGUAUUUUUAUUGGCUGCACGUAAACGUAAAAAAAGUCGGACAUCAAAUUAUUUAAUAUCAACAGACCCGACCGAUUUAUCAAGAGGAGGUGAUGCGUAUGUUGGAAAGCUCAGAUCAAAUUUAAUUGGUACUCAAUUCACUGUAUAUGAUCAUGGUACAUCGCCAUAUAAAUCUACUAUAGAAGGAGCACAAGAAAGGCAAGAAUUAGCAGCUGUAGUAUACGUAAGUUGUUAAAUAUUUAUUAUUUACUUUUCAUUGUAAAAUUUAUAUUUUUAUUUUAAUUGGGUUUUUAAUUUACACAUAAUUUACUAUAGGAAACUAAUGUGCUAGGAUUCAAGGGACCUCGUAAGAUGACUGUUAUUAUACCUGGUAUGAAUAAAAAUCACCAGAGAGUUAAAAUUGCUACAACUGAUAAUUAUAGCUCACUAUUAGGUAAUAAUUUAAUGAUGAAUAAUUAAUAAUAACUUCAUAAAUAAAAAAUAAUCUUUUACAAUUUUGUAUAAAUACAAAUUCUUAUAGAAUGUUAUCGUGCAAAAAAUAUGGAUGAUCUAAUAGAGUUACAUAAUAAAACACCCCAGUGGAACGAAGAAACCCAAUCCUAUGUUCUCAAUUUUCAUGGAAGGGUCACACAAGCUUCAGUCAAAAAUUUUCAAAUUGUUCACGACAAUGAUGGUUAGUAUUAUUUUUGAACUUAUCUCACUUCCACUGCUUAUUGAUGUCAUUGAUAUGUAUUUCUUUACUAUUUUUUCUACCUUUAUUUAAAAAAAUUAAAUUGAAUUAUUAUUAUUAGUUUGAAUAAAUUGUGUAAAGUCAGUAUAUUAUAAAGAUCCCAAGACACUAAUUUUGAAAUGUUGUGGAUUUAAUUUUUGAUAGCAUUGUGUUAUAUAUAAUGUAUUUGUUUCUUUUUCAGUUGAUUAUAUUGUCCUGCAAUUUGGUCGUAUUUCAGAUGAUCUCUUCACAAUGGAUUACAGAUAUCCAUUGUGUGCAAUGCAAGCAUUUGCUAUUACUCUUAGUAGUUUUGACAGCAAAUUGGCUUGUGAAUAACUGAAUUAUAUUUUAUUUCCAUUCAAAAGUUUCUAAAAUCAUUUGAGUUUGGUAUCUUAGUUAAUUAUUAUUAUUUAUUAUUUAUUUAUUAUUAUAUUUUUUUAUCUCAUUUCACCUAUAGUAAUCUAUUUAUAUUUUUGCACCAAAAAACUUAAAUUUAUUCUAGUCUAUUUUUAUAUGUUUACUUUAAAUUUAUUAAUUUUAAUUAAUGAAUUCUAUGAUGAAUUUGUAUUAUUUAAAAUCUCAUACUGCUAUAAAAACCAUUUAGAACCUUGCCAUUAAUUACACUGCCAUUUUAAAUUAAAGAAAAAAGGUGUUUUAUUUUAAUAUUUAUUUUUCACCCCUUGAAAUAUAUUUACAUAUUGAAAGAUUUCAUUUUAUCAAUCUUAGAUUUUAAAUUAUUAAAAAUAAUAUCUUCAUCUUUUAUUUUUUUCCAAUUUUCUUUGAAAAUAGAGAUUAUUGCACCCAUUUUUCUAUAUAUGGCUUUUUCCUGGUACUUUUUGGACACUUAGAGACUCUUUGAACCAAAUGAGCUUAAACUCUUUUAUUGAGAGUUUUUUUAUAGGCGAGUUUAAGAUUUACAACUUUUAUUGAAUUUCACUAUAUUGUUUGGAAAAAGGAUGUCUUUUAGCCUUGCACAUUCCUACAGACUCCUCCAAAUGAAAUAAGGGGAUACAAUUUUGUAACUGUAUGGUUUAAGUAUCAAGGAUGUACCUUUUGGUGGUUUCAUCAUUUAACUUCCUCUCCAACUAUUUUUAUGCUCGAAUUUUAUAUUUUUACAGAAAAUACCAGAUUUUAAAUAUCCAUUUAAGAUAUUGUGCACUAACUCAUGAAAGUAACUUGGUUAAAUUUAUAUAUAUAUUUAAAACCUAACAGCAAUUAUUGUCGAUGUUAUGCCUCUUUAAAAGGUUUGAACUUCCAACCCUGACCCCACCACUUAUAUGUUUAGUAAAAAUCUCAAAUUCCUUAUAUUCAUCAUUAUUCAUUAUAUAUUGAAAAAAAAAAUAAAAUAACAUUACAACAAAAAAUCAGUGGAGAAAAUUUGACUCUAGUGGAAGAGAUCUACUGCUCAUGUGAUUUUUUAGUUAAAUUACAUUAGCUAGUAUCUAGUCGUGUUAUUGUUUAUUAUAUUGUUGUUAUUUACUCAAUACCUAAACAGAAAAAUGUAUACUGUUCUUUAAAUAACUAGCAACGUACUAUUUGACAUUUUGGAUGUAUACAAAAUUAUUUAUAAUUUACUGUAAUUUUUUUUUAGUUUUAGAUUCCGAGUGUAGUGAGGGAACUAUUGGUUUUACUAAGGUGUUUAUUUUAUUUUAUUUUUUUUGUUCUUUGUUCUACUAUAUGUACACAAUAUUUCCUAGUAAACUUGCUCCAAUUUGCAAGUGUAGCAAUUUUUUUGAAAGCUCAAGUUAUCUAGAUGGUACUUAAGUCAGAUAUUUUUUUGAUUUUUUAAAUAAAAGCUCUUAAGUGGGGGAAAAACUUACUUAAAAAUACGUACAAUUUCAUUAUUUAUAAAAACACGGACAACGUUUUAUACCUGAAAAAAUGAUUUAAUCGAAAAGUCACAAGAUACCUAUAUUGUUGUCUUUUUAAUUUACUUUCUAACGGUAUCAUUGCUAAAACUUUUGAGCUUUUAAGGAAUUUUAAUUUUUGGGAUUUUUUUUGCUGUAAUUCUGUUAUAAAUACACAUAGAGACUUGAAACUAGAUAAUAGUACUUAUAUUAGACUUACCUAGACGUGGUCAAAUUUACAAAAUCAUUGGACAUUUUUUUUUUUUUUAAAUUUAUGUUUUGAAAUUAAAUUUAAAUGAAAAUCGCAAAAAAAAUUAGGGCACUUCAAAUUAUUUAUUACUAAACUGCGCUCGGAAUCCUCUUUCGUCAAGCAAUGGUUUAUCAUUGCUCAUAGAUAUAAAUGAAAUAACCUUAUGUAUCCUACCUUCCCAACUUCUCACCUACAACAGUGUCCGCUCGAAUCUCCAGUAUCAGCUCUUUUUGCUCAUUUGAUUUAUUGUUUAUUUAUAAAAAAAAACAUUAUUAAAAUUAUAGAUAUAAUUUUUUGUUUUCAUUGGUUGUGGCAGUUAAAUCAUAAUUUUUUUUUUUUUAACAUUAAGUCAUUUUGUUAUGUUUAAGUUUUAUAAUUUUUCACAUCACUAGUAUCACAUGUCAAAUAUUGUGCACUAAUUUACCAACUAUUAUUAUAAUUAUUUGUAACUUUAUUGUAUUUUGUGUGUAUAAAUGAAAUGGUCUAAGUUACACCACUUGUGCCUUACAUUCAGGACCGCUCUUAGGAGUCGAUGUUAUGGGCUUUGACUUCUAACUUUAAUUUUAAAAGUAAUUUUUAAUUUUUUAUAUUUUCAAAUGAGUUAAGUAAUUACAGUAAUUAAUAAUUUUGUUUUUGCUUUAUUAUUUUAUUAUUAAUUAUUUUUAUUUGAAACAAGUUUUCAAGAAAUAUAUUUAAAAAUACUUAGCCCACAGCCUAGUAGAUCCUAAGAGCGACCCUGUUUACAUAUCAUAUAAUAAUUUUACAAUUCAAUUUGUAAUUAUUUGUAUGUUAAUUAAAACAAAAACAAUUUGAGUAAAACUAAUAGUUUUGUUAUUAAUAUAUUUCUUGAUAUCUUAAUUCGUAUUCAUCUUGGGCUGAAUUCCCUGAAGUGCACUAUUAAUCU